AUGGAUGAUGAGGGGAAAAACUAUGUUUCUGCAGAAGUGUCCGAUGCGUUGGAAUCAGUUUCUUUUCUGAAGGUAGCAUAUCAACCUUUGAAAGUCUUCUUGAGAGUGAGGCCCUUUUCUAUAGCAGAGCUUGAAAACCAUGAAUCUCAGGGUUGUGUAACUAUUGAAAAUCCUCAGACAGUGAUUCUUAAUGCACCCAAAGAGUCUUCUGCAAUGAAAAACAGUGAAAGAGGGAUUGGUCAUUCUGUGCACAGGUUCACCUUUUCUCAGGUCUUUGGACCAGAAACUACUCAGAGCGAAUUUUUUGAAGGCUCAAUGAAAGAGAUAGUAAGAGCGUAUGUUAAUGGAGUGAAUGGACUGGUGUUUACUUAUGGGGUUACAAAUGCAGGCAAGACAUUCACUAUCCAAGGGACUUCAAAAGAUUUUGGUAUUUUACCUCGCUCACUUGAUGUGAUUUUUAACCACAUAAGGGGAAGACAUUACCUGAAGAUGAACUUCAAACCAUAUUUGAGCAACGAUGUUAAGAAACUAGAAGAUGCACAAGUUAAGCAAGAAGAAGCCAUAAAAACUGCUAUUCUUGCAUCACUGAAAGAGGAGACAGAAAGCAUCUCAAAUACUAUUACAAAUAUGUGUGAUGUGGAGUCGGCUUCUUCCAACUGUACUUCAAAAAGUCUUCCUUCUGAAUCACUAGCAGAGAACAACUUUGUUCCACUUGACGUAUAUAGGACGAAUAUACACCAAAGAACACAAGCAUCUGUGUGGAUUUCCUUUUGUGAAAUUUAUAAUGAAUAUGUGUAUGACCUAUUAAAUAUAUUAUCUACAUCAAAAACUCAAAAGCGUAGAGUCUUAAGAAUUUGCGAGGAUCAAGGAGGAAAUUCUUAUAUUAAAGACUUAAAGUGGAUUAACAUUCAGAGCACUGAAGAAGCCUGCAAAAUACUAAAAAUAGGAAACAAGAACCGAAGCUUUGCUUGUACUAGAAUGAAUGAGCAGUCAAGUAGGAGUCACAGUAUAUUUUCAAUCAGGCUACUAAAGCUAACUGAUGAGCAUCAGCCACGUGUUCUUGGAGUUUCAGAGUUGUCUUUCUGUGACUUGGCUGGAUCAGAGAGGUGUAAUAAAACACAAGCCUUUGGAGACAGACUAAAAGAAGCAGGAAAUAUUAAUAAUUCUCUUCAUAUCCUUGGAAAAUGCAUUGCAGCACUGAAGCAAAAUCAAAAUCCGAAGUUGAAGCCGAGCUAUAUUCCGUUCAGAGAGAGCAAAUUGACUCGUCUGUUUCAGCCAUUCUUUUGUGGAAAAGGCAAAGCUUGUAUGAUUGUAAACAUUAAUCAGCAUGCUUCCACAUAUGAUGAAACACUACAUGUAAUGAAAUUUUCAGCUAUUGCCAAACAGGUAAUCCAGACAAUCCUACCCAAAAGUUUUGGUUACUUUCCACCCAAGUUAGUUGGAGGCGAUGGCAAACCUAUCAUACACUUUGCUAACACAUCUGUAGAUGACUUUCCUGACAGUACUGAAACCUCCGUAGAAGAGGAUGUGGACAUCACCAUUCUGAGUCAUGAGGAUCUCUUGAAAACUACAGAGAACCUAAAGGAGAAGCUAGUUGCAGAAAGGCAAAGUAAACUCCUUCUGGAGGUGAAGAUACGUAGAGAGAUGGCAGAAGCAAUGUUCCGACAGCUGUUGGAAACAGAGGAAGCCUGGAGCAACCGCUUGGAAGAUAUGAAAGACAGUUAUGAAGAAAAACUGGAGAGCAAAUUUGAAAUGUAUAAAGAGGCCAUCAAGAAACAUGCAUAUGUGUGUGCAAUGGAACAAAUUGAAGACCAUUAUGUUCCCAUAGAAGAAUUUCUAGCUGAACAAAAGAAAGUUGAGGAUAGAGAGAGUAAAAUACUGCAGUUGGAAAGGCAGCUUGAUGAACAGUCAGGGAGGCUGUUGGCUCUGGGAAGUCUGAAUUCAGAUAUACUGGCUACUGAAAAUAACAUGGAACUCGAUCUUAUGAACAAGAUGAAGAGAGCCAAUGAAGAAUUGCAGAAACAAUGCAGAGAGAAAGAAGAGCUUAUAAAAUCUCUGAAGUUUAAAAUACAAAAAUUAAAUGAAACCCUGCUAGAAGCUAAUGAAGGCUACAAAAAAAUGGGAGAAGAGAACAGUCAACUGAAGCAUACAAUCAUGCUCAAG